AUGCCACCCAGAGCAAGAAGUGGGCCUGGAAAAGUGGGGGAAGGGGCAGUAGCAUCUGGGAGUGACAGUUCUGACAAGAAGCCUCAGGUUCCCAAAGAUGGUGGCAAUGCAGUAAAGGUCAGACACAUUCCAUGUGAAAAACAUGGAAAAAUCAUAGGAGCCUUGGAAAAGUUAAAGUCUGGAAUGAGAUUCAAUGAAGUGGCCACACAAUAUAGUGAUGGUAAAGCCAGGCAAAGGGAUGACUUGGGUUGGAUGACCAGAGGGUUCAUGGUGGGACCAUUUCCAGAGGCAGCAUUUGCUUUGUUUAUAAGUGUGCUGGACAAAUCUGUGUUGCAGACCCUCCAGUUAGGAUGA